AUGGGGAGCCGUAUUGUCUUCGCCCGACGUGAAGAUAUUCAUCCAUGUCGUCAACCUCGUAAUGCUCCAGCUGGGCUCCGUGCACAGUCUGAUGAAGGUUUUGCUCGUUUUCUCAAGCAGCACGCAUCGCCAACCCAUCAACGGGUCACUGCAGGUGGCCGCAUUGUUCCUAUGGAGUCCAGCUCUGCACCACCCCAGUUCAACCUGUUCAGUGACAACAAAGCACGUGAUAAAGACAACAUGAGCCAUUGUGAGACGACAGAUGAUUCAAAGAUCGGUAAUGAAUGCCCAAUUUCUGCCAUGAGUGGCACUGCAACCACCUAUGUCACCACCAACACCGGUAUUCCUUCUGCCGGCCUCGGAGAGAACCCACCAGCGGCCAGCUCCACUAAGCAGAAGAUCGGUAACGCUUCCCAGCCUAUUCACGUGAACACCAAUGGUGACCUCAAGCGUGAAGAUUUGAUGCCAAGACAAUCCGAUCUUACUCACCUAGCCCCAGCCAGCUUGAUAGGUAUGCCUCUAGCUGUCACAAACGACACAGCAUCCUUCAACCCGACUUCUCAAGCGCUCACCAACGAUUCUUGGGAAUCUCUUGCACUUCCUUCGUCUGCUAUGAUCUUCAAUCCUUACACCAAUAUGCUUGUUCACAGUGGCGAGCAACACCCCACGAUGGUGUCUGACUUCAUGCCAACUUCCACCAUGUCAACUGCUCCUUUCCCUUCAGUGUCUGUUGCCGAUCAGACAAGUCAGCCGAUCAACCACGGUUAUCAGCCUCCAUUCUUCAGUCAGCAAGGUCUUCAGCCGGGCCUGUCUGCCAGCUACAACCCAGUCAUGCCACUCAGCUCCACCAGCAACAAUCCAUUUCCCUAUGCUGUUUCUGCUCCAUUCCAUAGUGGAAUGGCAAACAUUGCACCAGCACGUGGUACUUUAGCAGCGGAGAUCGGUACUCACGCCCAGGCAGACUAUCAGGCUCAUAUGCCCGCCAUGGAGAGGUGGUUCAGCAACAUGACCAUGGCUCAGCCAAUGUCUGGCACCACCAGCAACACCGCAAGCCAGGUCACCGACCAAAUCGUCGCUGCUGCAAAGGCCGAAUUUGAUCAGCUUUCUGCUAGACUGAACCACAUUGACCAGCAAACCGCUCUCCAUUACUCAACCUUCAAUUCUCAGAUCAAAGGAAUCUAUCGUAAACAGCGCAUCAGAACGGUUGAAGAACGUGAGGCGGCGAGAAUCAAGUGGAAGCAGCUGUGUGAUCAACUUGAGCAAGAGAGAUCGGUUGCGCAAUACCUUCCCAGUCCAGCCGAUCACCAGCCAACAUCUUCCAUGAACCAGAUGACGUCAGCUUCCACUCGCCAGAAUGGUAACACAAACUUCAACGUUCGUGCCAGUGCUUGGGUUCCAAAGGAGAAUCAAGCCAAAGGUGUCCACACUCAGACUCAGCGUCCAUCAGCACUUCCAAAUGUGAGCCAGCCUGCUCUCACCAACAACGGGGCCACUGGCAGAUUCCAGGCUGGCUUCGGAAACCAGUCCUUCGCAACGAGAAUCAAUCAACCCCAACCACAUUCUCUUUCAAACGAGCAUAAUAUGCAGUUGGUCGUUUCCAACCCCUCGAAUGCUAUGCCGGGGCCUUCUUCCAAUCAGCUGACUAAUUCGAUUGCUGGUGAGAUGUACAACCGGAAGUGCAACAACUGGGGACAUGGCAGAGGAAGCACAGUUGAUGAAGUUGCUGAAAAUGAGCACGAAAGCUUAACGCAGCUUCGAGCCCAGACAAUUUAUCCAUGGUGUGAAGGCAUUAAGGCAGCUCCUCGGCCUGUUGCAGCGAACACAGCCGUAAGCGCAUCUCCUGAACGUUCGCACCCAAUUGCCGCUUGGAGUUCAAAUCUCGAGCCUUCUCCGCCUGGUACUGUGGAAAAGCAAAGCCAGCAGGACUUGAAGCUGGCGAAGACACAUCCUGACCUACGAAGCGAAGUCUCGUUUAGAACCUUUGACAGCACCCUUCCCACAAAAGCCAAUGCUGGCAAGACAGUCUCAUUUGCCGAUAACGACUUGGCCAAUUCUGCAUCUCGAAGUGGAUAUGGUCGCAAUGGUGAUGCAUCCAGCGCCCUGAGCUCAGACGUCACCGAAAGCGGACGACAACCCAUGAUGUCGGGAGAAGCCGCAGGCCCAUCGCCAAGAGACUGGGAAGCGAUUCUCGAAGCUAGCGCCAAGGAGCAAGGUGUCAAGACUGAAAUCGUUGUGGCUGAUGGGCGAUCUAUCACCAUUGAAGGAACAGGCGGGCGUGAUGGACCAGCCAAUGGCACCAACUUAGUGGAGCAAGGCGAUGGCGGCCGUCAAUACCAGUCUGUCAUGUCUGAGCAGGACCGAUAUGGCAUGGGCACGCAGUUGAUGGGUAUGGGGAGAGGUGUUCGUGGAGUGGAGGGUACUACGACCAAGCCAGGCAGCUUUGGGCUCAACCCUUGGGCUCCCCGUAACGAGAACAACUUUUUCCGCCACAAAGGACCAUCCUCCGUUGCUGUCCAGAGUGUCACCGCUAACGGCACAAUGCCCGGGUUCGACGAGGGAAUGGAUCGUUAUGGUCAGACAGCCUUGCAGCCACGUCCCAAGAAUGCACUCCAAGCCAACGACAGCCCUUCGAGAUUUGGCUCUCCUCCGCCGCGAUCUUUGAAGAGCAUCUGGGAGCCUACCGAGGCAGAGCAGCAGGUUGCUGAGAUGAGAAAGUCCAUGUACAAAUUCUGA